GAAGUGAUGGAUACGUCCUUAAGCGUCACCGCUUCUUUCCAGGCCGGCAUCCUUCGAGCCUUGUCUCGGGCCCCCGAGCUGGGGCUGAGAAGCCCUCUCCCGCCGGGGCUCCGUUGGCACAGGAAGCACAUCUCCUCCAGGCGGGUGGGCAGCCUGGGUCCCGGCGCCCAGAAGGAGCUGGCCACCCCCGCCACCCAGGGCCCACCCACGGGCGACAAGUUCCUCCUGAUUUACCGGUUCCCGGGCAUCAAGCUGUGCGGGUCCCUGUCCCGGCUGAAGGUGCUGCAGACGGCCGUGACGGUCCUGCUGCUGCCACCCGGCAUCUACCUGUACUCCCGGGGCCUGCUGCCGCCGCAGGCCCUGGCCCUGCUGGGCGGGGGCACCAGCUUCGCCCUGGCCAUGCUCUGCUGGAUCAGCUUCUUCCUGCGCCGCCUCGUGGGGCUCAUGUACGUGAACGAGGCGGGCACCGUGCUGCGGGUGGCACACCUCACCUUCUGGGGCCGGCGGCGCGACACCCUCUGCCCCGUGGCCAGCGUGGUGCCCCUGUCCGAAGGCCGGGACCGGCCCCGCGACCUGUUUGUGCGGCUCCAGCGCUACGACGGCGGGCAGACCUUCUACUUCACCCUGCGCUUCGGCCGCGUCUUGGACCGCCGGCGCUUCGGCCGGGUCUUCGGCCCGUUGGACCGGGGCCCGCAGUGACGCGCCGGCCCCGCGGCGGGAGCCGGAGACUUUGGCCUCCUAGCGCGUCUCACCCCUAGACGGUCUGACUGUAGACCGGGAUCCAGCUGUCGACCCGAUGGCCUCUCACCGGACCUUGGAGAAAGACUGUAAUACUAGUAAUAAUCGUGACUGGAUCUGUUUAGCACCCACUGUGGGUCAAGCACCAUUCUGAGCACUGGGGAAGAUACAAAUUAAUCAGGGUGGACACAAUCCAUAUCUCCCAAUGGGCU